AUGAUUCUUUUGCGAAAAGUCGACUUCCGUUCCCAGAUUGCAACUCUUAGUCGUAAAAUGUCGUUCUUUUCUCCUUUGCCCCAUACCUUUCUUCUUCUUCUUCUUCUUCUUCUUCUUCUUCUUCUUCUUCUUCGUCUUCGUCGUCGUCGUGUCAUCGUCGUCUUCUUCUUUUUUACCUCAUUCUUUUUCCUCUUCCGCCUCCUUUUCCCUUUUUACCACAUACCUCUUCUGACUUCUGAGGCACGGUGGAAUCAGCACCACCACCACCACGCCCAACCGCCGUCCAAACAGACAGACACCUCUUUACAGGCUAUUGUCUAUUGUGUGGUGAGAACUCUCAAAAACAUACAACUCUCUCUCUCUCUCUCUCUCUCUCUCUCUCUCUCUCUCUCUCUCUCUCUCUCUCCAGCACAGGCCACAUCUCCUGUUUAUUCCGGGACACGAGCCAAAACAGGUGGUGUGAAACGUGAAUUACGUCUCAUGUUCUCUCGGUGGGUAAUUUCCUUAUUUGCGGCUGAAGAACUGUGGAGAAUCACUGGUAAUUAUUUGAUGAAAUUGGUAGGCUUGUCAGGGAAUAGCCUUUUAUCACUGUGGUUAAAAAGACCGACGCCCGUCUGCUUGACUACUUAA